AUGGAGGCCGCCGGAGGCGGGGAGGCGGAGGCGGCGGAGGAAGAGCAGGUGAUGAGCGAGGUGCACCUGGGCUGCCCGCCCCGCUUCCCCGGCCUCUUCCUCUCCCGCUUCACCUUCUCCUCCCGCCCCCUAGACCCACCCGGAGGCGACGACGGCGAGCGCAGCGAUGGGUGCGAGCUGGUCGCAUCAACGAGCAGUUCAUGUGAGCGGGCGAGUGGCUCGCCGGACGCUGUCGCCGUGGACGCCGACGGGGACCUCGUUCUCGACCGGAGAACAAGAAGGAUUGGAGACAGAAGAAGAAGAAGCGAGGAUCUUGUGCUCACCGUGCAGCACGGCGUCACCUCAUCUCUGCGGAGCGUCGGGCUUCAGGUUUGGAAGGCGGCCAUGCUGCUAACCGACUUUGUGCUGCACAAGAGCUUCACGUCGUCUGAAUUCGACGGUGUUACUGCCAUGGAGAUCGGUGCUGGCACAGGUUUGGUCGGGUUGGCGCACGCUCGAGUUGCCAGAAGAAUUUUCAUUACAGAUCGAGGCACUGAUAUCCUCGAUAAUUGCUUGGCUAAUGUCCGUCUCAACUCUAGCAUGCUAAAGUUUGAUGAAGCAAAAGUCCUUGUACGGGAACUGGACUGGAAAAUGUCGUGGCCUCCGCCCGUGGGUACACAUGAUGCAUCUGAUCCAAGUUCGAUAUACUUUUGGUCUGCAAGUGAAAUCAAGGAGGCUGAGCAAGCCACACUACUAUUUGCUGCAGAUGUUAUUUACAGUGACGAUCUCACCGAUUUGUUCUUCGACACAGUGAGGCAGCUCAUGUCACGUGGUGCCAAGAAGGUGCUGUACUUGACCCUGGAGAAGAGAUACAACUUCAGCCUGGACGAACUAGACGUCGUGGCCAAUGGUUACAAGCAUUUCCGAAGCUUCUUCACGGUUCAAGAUGGAUGUGGAGGCCAGGAUAAUGCUACACUGAAACCAGGCCUCGUGGGGGAGCAGAUAGACCUUGCGAGGGUUCCUCAGUACAUCAGGGAAUAUGACAGAGGCAAGGAUCCGGAGAUGUGGAAGCUCAUGUACUGUCCAGACUAA